CAUUUAACCGAAAAUAUGCUGAAAUUUCAAGACAUCCAAUCAAAACGUAGGGAGUCUUAUUUCAUAAGUCGAGCACCGGGAUCGGGGUGUCCGGGCUGCACGGGCUCGGGUAAACAUCGCGUGCAGGUGUCGCGUCAGCGGCCGCUGAGCGCGCGGGCGGCGGCAGUUGCAAGCGCGCACGCGGCGAGCGAUGACGUGCGCGAGAGAUGUCGCGCGGCGGCGAGCGCGCGGCUCGUGACGCCGCGGCAUGUGAUGUUCAGACGGCACGCGCUGCGGCGGCGCCUGGCGGCCGCCGGCGCGCCCGCGGUGCCCGCCGACCAGCUGCGGCGCCUGGCGCGCGCCCUGGACGCCGGGCCCGCCGGCGCCGACUGCGUGCCCGCCGGCCACGCCGCCUCCCUGCUCCGCCUGGCCGUCACCCGCGCCUACAGGUUCCCCGACCUGCGAGACCUCGGCGAGCUCCGCAGGGCCCCCCACUGCGCCGACCAGCACUGCUGCAACCCUUACCACUGGAGCCGCCUCUGCAAACCCGAAACUCCCCCUCCCCCUUAUAGUCGGUUCGCAAUGGACGACUGCAAGCCUAAAGAGCAUGGUGAGAGCACAGAGGACGCAAGGAGGACCGACCACGAGCGGCUAGUGAGCGGCUCCCUCGCCACUGACGGCGAAGAAAAGCAAACCUGGGAGACGGAAUGGUGCAGGCUAGCAUACUGGGAGCUGACGCAGCGCGUGGGCCGGCAGUUCGGCGUGCGCGGGCGCGCCGUGGACGUGUUCGGCGGCGCCUGCGCCUCCGGCCGCCGCGGGCUGUGCCUCGAUGCGCUGGACCAGCGGCCCGACGCGCCUCAAGCUGACCAGGUGCGAAAAACGCGGUCCAAAAUCGGUCUUGGCGUGACCCUCUCUCUAGAGGCGGACGGCGUCUGGCUCUACAACCGGAGCCAAGAGCCCGUGUUCGUCAGCUCGCCGGCGCUCGACGCGGCCGCGGCCAAGGCGCUGCUGGUGUGGCGCGUGGCCCCCGGCCACUGCCUGUGCAUCUUCGACCCCGCGUGCCCCCCGCCGGCCGUGUCCCUCCCGCACGUGGGCCCCGUGGACCCCCGCUCCGUGCGCAUCUCCUUCGCCAAGGGCUGGGGGCCCAAGUACUCCCGCAGGGACGUCACCGCGUGCCCCUGCUGGCUCGAGGUCCUCCUGGCCCCUCCGAGCUGACGCAAGGACUAAAGUGCUCUGGCCGGCUGCCGCUUUCGGGAACACGACCCUUUUCGAUGUACUUAAAACGGUACUCCCGAGUACAAAAGUCUGAAAGACAAAUUGAUACUUACCUCGUGUCCCCAAAAACAGCAGUCACCACGGUGAACUCACAAACUACAGUGCAGUGCAAAGACAAUUUGAAAUGAACUCAUGUGAACGGUUUUUGUUUAUUGUUGGACUUAUUUAAUUUAAUUAAUUUAAGUGUACACUUGGGGACGUCGAAAAUAGAUCACAAUAUUUAAUUUUGCAAUCAUAUUUUUUAUUUUAUUGGUCUUAAAUACUUUUUACUCAUAUCAAUAAAUAUUUAGACGGUUUUCUGUGUACCCAAGAGUAUAAUUUAUGAUAUUUUAGUGCAUCA